AUGCGACCUUCAUUAGGCAGAGCAGAGCUAUGGUCCAUCAUACCAUUGCUGUUGACUUCUAUAUCCCCCGCUGCAGCGGAUUGCGAUCUCCCCUCAUCUUACAGCUGGACAUCGACUGAAGCACUGGCGCAGCCAAAGUCAGGAUGGUCGUCGCUCAAAGACUUCACCAGCGUGGUAUAUAAUAACCAGAAUCUCAUCUAUGCGACAUUUGCCGACGAUUCUGGGAACUGGGGAUCUUUGAACUUCGGCCUCUUCUCUGACUGGGAAGACAUGGCAGCAGCAAGCCAAAACCAGAUGACAUCCGCGGCCGUGGCACCAACGCUGUUCUACUUCAAACCCAAAGACAUCUGGGUAUUGGCCUAUCAGUGGGCGGUGAAUCCAUUCUCCUACGCAACUUCAUCGGACCCUGCCGACCCCAAUGGAUGGUCAUCAGAGCAGGAACUCUUCUCUGGUGCGAUUUCUGACUCUGAAACUGGUGUGAUCGAUCAAACCCUCAUUGGUGAUGAUGAGAAUAUGUACCUUUUCUUUGCCGGAGACAACGGCAAGAUCUACAGGACUAGCAUGCCUAUUGACGAUUUCCCGGGCUCCUUCGGCACAUCAUCCGAGAUCAUCCUGAGCGACACCACCGACAACUUAUUCGAGGCCGUACAGGUCUACACCAUAGGCUCAACUGGCAAAUAUCUCAUGAUUGUCGAGGCAAUUGGAACCGAUGGACGUUACUUCCGCUCGUUCACUGCGGACAGUCUGGACGGGUCAUGGACCGUGCAAGCAGGCACCGAGAGCGAACCCUUUGCCGGCAAGGCUAACAGUGGAGCUACUUGGACGAACGAUAUCAGCCAUGGCGAUCUGGUUCGCAGUAACCCUGAUCAAACGAUGACUAUCGACCCCUGCAACCUGCAGUUCCUGUAUCAAGGCCGAGCCCCUGGUGACGACAGCGUUUACGGUACCUGGCAAUAUCGGCCAGGCGUUCUGACGCUCAAGCAAUAG